AUUUGUGAGAAAUUCCAGGUUGUGAAAGGCAAACCAUUCUUCAUAAUGACUCUUCAUGGUACCAAUCCGUCAUUGCCAUCAUUAAUGCUUUAUUCACAUACAGAUGUAGUUCCUGCUGAUAAAGAAAAGUGGAUGUACGAUCCAUAUAGCGGUCAUAAGGAUGAUAAUGGAAAAAUUUUUGGUCGUGGUGCACAAGAUAUGAAGUCUGUUGGCAUGCAGUAUCUAGAAGCUCUCAGGCAACUUAUAAAUGAUGGUCAUCGAAAUUUUUUGAGAAAUAUUCAUCUAGUUUGGGGGCCCGAUGAAGAGAUCGGGUCAAUCGAUGGAAUGUCCAGAUUUGUAGACGAGAAGUUUUUUAAAGAAUUGAAUAUUGGGUUUGCACUUGAUGAGGGACUUCCAUCGGAAGAUGAUACUUUCAAGGUGUUUUAUGGUGAACGUUGCGCAUGGUGGCUCGAGAUCACUUGUAGAGGUCAGCCAGGCCAUGGUUCCCGGCUUCUUGAUAAUACUGCUGCUGAAAAAUUUAAUAAUAUUAUCAAUAGCAUGUUGACUUUUCGAGAAGAACAAAAAAUGAAACUGCUAAUGGAUCCUCAGCAGAACCUUGGUAAUGUGAUUUCAGUGAAUUUAACGAAAGUUGAGGGUGGUGUCCAAGUCAAUGUUGUUCCUACUGAACUUAAAGCUUGGUUCGAUAUAAGAGUCCCACCAACGGUCGAUUUCGAGCAAUUCGAAAAUCAGAUCAAAAGUUGGUGUAAUAAAGCUGGAUCGGAUGUUUCAUACAAUUUCCUAAUUCAUUCGAAAAUAAAGAAUGUAACUCCUACGACAGUUGAUGAUCCGUGGUGGAAAGCUUUUUCAUCAGCUUUGAGCGAAGAGAAAUGUUUGAUAUCAAAAGAGAUAUUCAUCGGAGGAACGGAUUCACGUUUUUUGAGAGAAAAAGGAUAUCGUGCAAUUGGAUUUACCGCCAUAAACAAUACGCCUGUACUUUUACAUGAUCAUAAUGAAUAUAUUGAUGAAUCGGUUUAUCUAAGAGGUAUUAAAAUUUACGAAAGGCUCAUAAUGAAACUGGCUAAUUUAUCUGAAUAUAAUUAA